UUGGCACCAUAGCAUGUGAUUGUCACAAGGAAGUUGAUCUGUAAAAAUGUUUGUUACCGAUGAUAUGUAGUCUGUUAUGAGUAUAAAAUCUGUACACAGUUAGACAAACAAUAAGGAACUGUCAUGGUCAUCCUCACUGUUGCAGCACGUUGGUAACGUGGAAUCCAUAAACAAUGGGACAGAGUUUGACGUCAUCAACAAAGUCAACAAGAUCUACACACAUAUUUGAUCAAAGUCCUCUUGUAAAGUCACACCUGUAACCCAGACUGACCCGAAUCAUGUCAUCUCACCUGAACAUCGAUGAGGGGCAGCCAUUGCUGUCUGGCACAUCCACGACAGAGAACGACAAUAACAGCGAUGAUGGUCACAACUAUGACAACAGCGCCUACAGCCAUGACGGGAUGGGUCUGGACGAGGUGGAUAUUAACCCUUACGAGUCUGCGCCACCUGAACGUAAACAGCGGAUCUCAGGAAGGACUCUGAUGGUGGUUGGAACGAUUCUUGUCACAGAGUUGUGUGAGAGGCUGACAUUCUACAGCGUGGUCGGCAGCAUGGUCCUCUACUGUACAAGUCAUCUCAAGUUCCCCAGCAUUGACGCCGCCAACAUCAGUCUCAUCUUUCAAGGUACAGUUUACUUACUACCGGUUGUCGGGGGUUACGUAGCGGAUGUGGUGGCUGGACGAUACAAAACCAUUCUGGGAUCAGGACUCAUCUAUUUAAUAGGAUUGUUCCUUCUCCCAGCUUCUGCUGUUGAUUUCAAAGCCUGGUUUGGUGAAGACUCCAGUGGGCGGGCCUACGCUUUGGAUCUGACAGGCAAGCGAGGCUUUUUCCUGACUGGUCUUGUCUUCAUCGCCAUAGGAACGGGAGGAAUCAAAGCUAAUGUCGGUCCGUUUGGAGCUCAGCAAGUCGAAAAACUGGGUGAUGUAGCAGUGCAGACUUUCUUUAACUGGUUUUACUGGUUCAUCAACGUGGGUGGUCUGAUCGCCUUCUCUGCCGUGUCCUACAUUCAACAGGAAGUCAGCUUCUCUUGGGGCUACCUCGUACCAUUGAUCAGCAUGAUUGUCGCAAUUCUCAUCUUCCUCUUCUCCAGACGUUGCUAUGCUCAUUUGGAAGUUCAAGGAAGUGUUCUGACAACAGUAUUUAAGAUCUGUCACACUGGCUGUGAGAAAUCUGAGAAGAAGGUGAAGUUUUUCGACAAGGCGCGUACGUCGCAUGGUGGAAAGUUUGAUGAUUACACGGUGGAUGGUCUCAUCUGUGCUCUACGAGUCCUGCCCAUUUUCCUCCUUGUCAUAAUAUACUGGGCUGUGUAUUCUCAGAUGACAUCCACAUUUUUCCUUCAAGGAGAGAGGCUGAAUGUCGCGAUAGGGGAUGGGAAGUUGCCGGUGGCCAUCUUGAAUGUUUUCAACACCAUUGCUAUUUUGAUUCUGAUUCCACUCGUAGACCGGCUAGUUUAUCCGUUUUUUACCCGAAUUGGCCGACCACUCACUCACCUAAAACGCAUGGGUAUUGGUUUCCUUCUUGCCGCGAUGUCUGUGAUUGCUGCGGGAGUGCUGGAAAUCUACAGGAAGGACGAGUUGCGGUCUAGUGGAGGAAUCGUACAGCAGCUUGGGGGAGAGACUUUCAACUCGUCUCACAUCACCCUGUUUGCACAGGUCCCGCAGUUCGCUCUCAUAGGAGCCAGUGAAGUGUUUGCUAGUAUUUCAGCAUUGGAGUUUGCCUUCACCCAGGUACCCCACUCCAUGCAGGGACUAGUCACUGGUCUGUGCCUUGCUGCGUCAGGCCUCGGCAACUAUGUGUCAAUGGCAAUCACCAACAUUGUCGUAGCAUCUACUCGCAGUGAUCCGUGGUUUCCAGAUGAAAUAAAUAACGGCAAAGCAGAAAACCUCUUCUUCCUGAUUGGAGGACUGAUGUUGUUGAAUUUCAUCAUUUUCGUCUUUGUCGCAAGGGCGUACAAGUAUCGUGAUGUUGCAGGCAACCUCCCACCUGACAAGACAGUCACCGAGAAUACUGACAACCCAAACACUAAAUUAUAAUGGUUUACUUGAACAUUUUAAAAGAAUACAGCAGAAGAUACGAAUAUUAUUUUUUUAAAUACUCACAUGUAAAUGGUAAAGUGCAUUUUAAAAAUCUAUGCUGCUUUUGUGUAGAAGUAUCCCAUAUGACGAAACGUUUACCCCUCUCUCUCACUCUCUCAGUCAAAUAGUGUUGGAAUGUCAUAUGGAUCAGCAGUUAUAAUUGGUUUGCACUAACUGAUCAUUUUUCGAUUAUAUAACCAGUUUGAAUUAUAUGCACUGAAAAAACUAUGAAUUGUCAGGACUAUUUACCAGUGGUGCUCUGUGCUCAGGGAGAGAUCAUACAAAUCACUCAUUCAGUAUCUGGGGGCAAGACGUAGCUCAGUGGUAAAGCACUCAGUUAAUGCGCGGUCUGUUUGGGAUUGAUCCCCGUCAGUGGGCCCAUUGGGCUAUUUUUCACUCCGGCCACGACUGGUACAUCAA